AUGGAAGUAAGAGAGGAAAAGUUCAUAUUUAAGAAGGAGAGAAAAACCAAAAGCAGAAUUAAUUCUUUAUAAAGACAGAAUAAGGGGGAAAAGAGGGAAAUUGAAAGGAAAAUGAAUAUGAGAAACACAAUUUUAAUAUGACACCGGUUGAUAAUUUAUAAAAAAAAAAAAAAACGUGGAUGAUAAAUUAAAGAUGAUGUAAGAAAGAAGUUGGGGUGCUGUAAUGUAAUAAAACAGAAAGAGAAGAUAAGUAUGAAAGUAUUUAUUAAAUAAGGAGAAGAAAAAAGUUCAAGGGAGGAAAUUCUGACAUUAAACGGAAGUAUAAACUGAAGGGAAAUAAAUACAAAUAGCAGCGAAAUGAUGUAAAGCGAAAGUUUAACCUCGACGAAUAAUAUACAUCUUCAUGCUGAGAAUUAUAUAGUCUACAGAAUGUUUAAUGCCUUAACAAAGUUUGCCAAUUUCCUGUGGAAAGAGGAUGUUCCUCGACGCCAGUCCUUCAGCAGUUCUGUUGAUGGUGUAGUAGUACGCUCCAUAGCUGGGAGAGGACCAAAUCUUGUGAGGAGAAUACUCGUACCUUUACUGGCUACAUCACUAACCUAUUUGGAAAUCAUGGCUUGAUAGAUGGUGAUGUGUAUUUCUCAUACAAUGUUGUUGUUGGAAGCCAACGGCCACAAGUGGGUAACGAAGUAUCUGUUAUAGCCAGUCGCCAACAUCGUGAAGGUGGGUGGUAUGCUGACCAAGUGAGUAUAUUGAAACAGUGGACUGAAGAAAAUGAUUCAGAUCAUUCUGAUGAUUGUGUUGAAUCUGAAUCUGUUUCUAACGGACUCUUGAAAGAGUUAGCACCUGGCGUGGGCACAAUUACACAGUGCCAUCUUGGUGAAGGAUUAAUUAAUGAGGAUAUACCCUUUAAAAUAGAGAACUGUAUCAAGGGUUACAUACCUGAAGUGGGCGAUUGGGUGACUGUUGAUCUGCGUGAAAACAAUAGUGAGGUGGUUGCAUUUGAUGUGCAGCCACUUCGACAACAACAAUUCACUAGUGAAGUCAGUGUUGUCCUUCGGGAUCAUGGUUACAUCAAGAAAGAUAUCUUCUUUUAUGUCAAAGCUUGUGCUGACGGAUAUAAGCCACAGUGUAAAGAUCAAGUCUGCUGUACAGCCAUUGAAAGUAAACAAGGAAAAUGUAAUUGGAGAGCCAUUUCAGUGUCUCGUCUGCCACGGUCUCCACACAACCAAAUUGAGAUUACCCCACACAGCAACUACCUUGGUGAUCUACUAAAAGACAAAGAAGGGAUCAUCAUUAGUGGAAUUUCUGAUUUUGGUAAGAUGUCUAAAGAGGAGAGCAAGGUUAUAACUUUGUGGAUUCGGAACAAUGGAAACCAUCCACAGACACUGCUUGAAAUUCAGCUACCUACUGAGGAAAGUCAGUUCCAUGUGGACCGUUUGAAGGUGGUGAAAGAAAUGAUGGCCAGCUCUAAAUCAGUUUCAAGUUCCAGAGAAGUGAAAGGCCAGCUGGUUCUUCAGCCUAAAAUGGCAGCUUAUGUGAAUAUAUCCUGCACCACCAAAUAUAUUGGAAACCAUAAGGUCUUACUAGUUUUCAAGUUCGACAAGUUUAGAAUUGGGCGACAUCUUACAGUGACUGUAAUUGAUCCAUACCAAAAUUACAUGCCCCAACAGUCGCAACCUAUGCAGGGAUCACAGCAAAGUAAAACCCCUUUCACUCGGUACAGAGAGUCGAUGGACGACAGUUGGGUUGUUCCUGGGGAGAAAAUGACAAGGUAUCCAAAGCUGCAAUUACCAAAAAGACUUGGCCAAUAUCGUGUUCCACAAGAAAUACGAAAUCCUGUUAUUAAUUCUGAUGAGCUAAGAGAAGUUUUUCCCAUCCUAGAAGAAACACUCUGCUAUGAGAAUUAUGAAUCCAAGUUCUCCUUACUGCUUUAUCUGGAGGAGAUCCAGUUAGAUAUUGAUAUCAGAGCAUUUGACUUAGAACAGGUAUGUCUGAAUAUUGUUGGAGAGUACCUAUCUUUGAAGGUUCCAGGUUUAGCAGAAGGCAGACCAUCAGUGCUUGUUGGCGACAGGGUCUAUCUGUCAACCCCUGGUGCAGAAGGAGGUCCUAUAUUUGAAGGAAUUGUUCACGAGGUGCACAGUGAUGAAGUAUACCUAAAGUUUAAUGCCGAGUUCCACAGUAAAUAUCUUGGGGAAGAUUAUGAUGUCCGGUUCACAUUCAACAGGACUCCUUUAAGACGAUUUCACCAAGCUGCUGAGUAUGCCCCUAAUCUUGGAAGAAAUGUGCUGUUUCCUACAACUGUUGAAAAUCAACCACCACUGUACAAUCCAUCAUCAGACCAAGCUACUGAGUCAAGUUAUUUGACCCCAACCAAAUCAGCUUCUCGAGUGGAUAUUUCUUCUCAACUCACUCUGCAGUUUUUUAACAGACAACUCAAUGACAGGCAAAUGUCUGCGGUCAAACGGAUUCUUCUUGGCCAGUGUCGCCCGAUGCCUUAUAUUUUGUUUGGACCACCAGGUACUGGGAAGACAAUAACUCUUGUUGAAACUAUCCUUCAAAUCUUAACCAAACUUCCUGGCAGUCGUAUUCUGGCUUGUGCACCAUCCAAUAGUGCUGCUGACCUCCUGGCUGAAAGGCUUCACAAAAGUGGUGUUUUGAAGUUAACUGACAUGGUACGGCUGAAUGCUUUCCAGAGGAAUGAAGAUAAUAUACCAGAUAAAAUUCGGCCAUAUUGUUCUUCUGGAAACAAUCUUGAUAUUGUUGUACAUUAUCGAAUUAUUAUCUCUACUUGUGUGAAUUCUGGCAUUUUGUAUACUUAUGGAUUAAAGCCUGGUCAUUUUACUCAUGUUUUUAUUGAUGAGGCUGGACAAGCAACAGAACCAGAAUGUUUAAUACCAGUUGGACUUGUAGCUGGAACAGAUGGACAGACUAUUCUUUCUGGAGAUCCAGAGCAACUUGGUCCUAUCCUGCAUUCUCCUCAUGCCAAAUCUCAUGGUUUAGAACUUUCCUUUUUAGAAAGACUCAUGGGACUAGAACUUUAUUCCAGAGAUGAAACCAAAUUUGUCACUUCUGGAUACUUUGAUCCAAUGUUGGUGACGAAGCUUAUAUACAACUAUCGUUCCCAUCCUGCUUUGCUGCAGCUACCAUCAGUUCUAUUCUAUGCCAAUGAACUGGAGGUGAAAGCAGAGAAAACACUUACCCACAGCCUCUGUGGAUGGAAGUCGUUACCCAACAAGACGGUGCCAAUACUUUUUCAUGGAAUUCGGGGUGAAGAUCUGAGGGAAGGCAACUGUCCUUCAUGGUUUAAUCCUUUUGAGACUGUACAAGUAGUGAGAUAUUUGCAGGGCCUUUUAGCUGAUUACAGCUCUUAUUUGGUUGAAGAAGAUAUUGGUAUUAUUACUCCUUAUAGAAAACAGGUAGAGAAGAUUCGUAUGUUAUUGUCCCACCUUGGCCGAGAUGUUGUAAAAGUUGGUUCUGUUGAAGAGUUCCAAGGCCAAGAAAGGAAGGCAAUAAUAGUUUCAGCAGUUCGUACCAAUGAAGAACUAAUGAACUUUGAUCAGCGCCACAUUUUGGGUUUCCUUUGCAACCCCAAGCGUUUCAAUGUGUGCAUAACCCGUGCUCAAGCACUGCUCAUAAUUGUAGGCAACCCCUAUGUCUUGAUGCAUGAUUUCUAUUGGUUAACAUUAUUGAAGUACUGUGUAGAGAAUGAUGCUUACGUUGGCUGUGAACUUCCCGAGAAAGUGACUGCCGCUUGUGAUUCUUGACAAUUUUUCCUCCCUCCUGUUCGUCAACCUCAGAAACUUUCUUUGUUGCACACAUACAUACAGAAAUGCAUAAAUAUACACAACAAAACCUUGUGAAGUAAUAGAGUGUUUCUAAAACAGCUGGAAUGAAAUGCACUGGUCUGUGAUAAUACAUAAACACUUGUACACAAACAGUAAAUAGAAGAUUGAUUUUAUUUAUAAGUAACCAGUGAGCCGACACCCUAGUUGCUCCUGAGUCCCCCCCCCCCCUAAAUCUGCCUUCUUGCUCACUUGAAACAAAUGACUAUUUUCUACAACUGGUUUAGCACACAAUUCCAUCUCCAUAUUUUCACACCCUCCAUUUCUCAUUUCUCCUGAAUCAAUAAACAUCUUGUUAGUGAAAACUCUGAAACUGAUGCUAAGUUUAUAUUAUGAUUUUUAUGGGGUAUGAUUUGGGUAGAGACCUCUGAUGCAUCAGACCUCUCUGCCUAAAGCACCUUAGAGAAUUUUGUUUUGUAAUUUUGUCCAUUUUUGUUUUGGGUUUAAAUCUUUUUUUUAGUUUGUUUUGCAUUUCAUCCUAGAGAGAUUGAUACCAGAAGCUCAUACUGGAUAUGUUGAGGCCUGAUCAAUUAAUUGUACACUGUGCCUCCAAAAGCUGGUCAUCCUGAGCUUAAUCAAUUGAAAUUAUUAUCUUAAUUGUUAUUAACAGAAUAGAUAACAUUAAUAUCCUAGAGUUAACUCAGUCAACUUUUCAACACACCUACAAAUUUUUGGCCCUUUGCCAAUAUGUAAAGUUAUUAUUGUGUGGUGUGUGUAGUAGAACAGAUAGAAGAUGAAUGAAUGGCUGCUAAUGUUCUGUUGGAACAGUAUGAACAAUGCACCCAAUUUCUUUCCCCAUAGGGUUUCAUAGUCAUGUUCUCAUUUAUGAUAUCAUCACCACCUACAUUAGUAUGACAAGUACCCUAACACAAGAAGCAACUACCUGGUGUAGUUUCUGUGAACUUGCUUCAGCUCCUAAUUAAAAUUGAUUUCUUAUUACCAUUAUUGCUCAUGACUAAAGCAUGAACCUUACAUUUCAUUCACUACACUAUAAUUUUUUUCUCUUUUUCAUCUUCUUUGACUUCAAAUUCAGAUCUUGUAGCUGACUCCACCUUUUAUAUUUUUCUGGGAUUGAUAAAAUAAAUACCAUUGGUAAACUGAUUUUAAUUCAGAUGAUUACAAUUUUCCAGUGUAAAAGUCCUCACUUAGAUUAAUGAAAAUAAAGAGGAACUAAAGGUAUUCAUGAAUUGAACUGAUAGAUUACUUACUCCCUUAUAUAUAU